GCACGCGUGCGUUACAUUGAAGAGUGGCCACGUGUCCUCCGCGAUAGAAACGGACUUACGAUCGUUUAUAAAGAGACUGUCGGACGGAGUGUGCGGGUCUCUCUGGUAGCCCUCCGGUGAUCUUGACCGAAUCGGAAGUUCCAUCGCGGGAACACGUUUGUGUUUCGUAGUGUUGUGCCGCCCCGCGGGUCACCCGACAUUACGCCGUCAUGCCGGCCGAUUUUCGCGCAGGAUUCAAGAAAUGGAUGCAAGGAGAGGGCACGAUGAAGAGGAAUCUGCUCUGCGGAUUGGCAGAGCUGAUUGGCACGGCUCUCCUGGUGUUCCUGGGAUGCAUGGGAUGCGUGGGUAGUCUCGGCGUAGCACCUCCUCAUGUGCAAAUAUCGCUAACCUUCGGCUUCGUCGUUUCGAUUGUGGUUCAGUGCAUCGGUCACAUCAGUCAAGCUCACAUCAAUCCUGCAGUCACCAUGGGUGCCGUCGUCCUCGGGAAAAAGUCCAUUCUCGAGGCUUUAAUUUACAUCGUAUCGCAGAUUAUUGGCGGUAUUCUGGGCUUCGGUAUACUGAAGGUGGUAACACCGACGGAGAAACUGACAGCCGGCACGGUCGAACAGGCCGAUAUGUUUUGUGUGACCGAUGUACACGGCAGCAUGUCCGCGAUUCAGGGCUUCCUUCUCGAAGCCAUCGCCACCGGCGUUCUGAUGCUGCUCGUGUGCUCCGUCUGGGACGUCAGAAACGAGAAGAACACGGACUCGGUGCCACUCAAGUUCGGUCUCACGGUGGCCGUACUGGCGAUGGCGGUCGGCCCUUAUACCGGCUGUAGUAUAAACCCGGCGAGGUCAUUCGCACCGGCAUUGUGGAACAAUCAGUGGGCGCGUCACUGGAUCUACUGGUUCGGCCCGAUCGCCGGUAGCCUGUUUUCCGCCUUCAUGUACAAGACCGUCUUCGGCGUUCCGGAUAAGGUCGAGGAGGAACCCGUUCCCGAGGCGGUCGCCCUCAACAGCCUGGAGAGCCAGAAGCCGGAGCAGUCCUAAUUCGCCGGCGAGAAGGAGGAAGUGGAUCGCGAUCGAGGUGGCAGGCGAUAAGGAGAAGCUAAAACUCGAUCGCAAGCGGAGGGAAAGGGUUACUGCGUGCUGCGGAACGCACGGGCGAUUCGACAGAAUCUCCAGAAUCGUGGGCGAUCUUCGAGGCUCAACCAGGCUGUCCUCGCAAUCCCCGAGAUAGAAGACAAUCGUUUCGGCCGUCGAGCGAUCCGCAUUGGAUCAUCGUCAACGUAGACUGACGUAGUAGUUCCUCGCAUAUGUCCGAUGAGACCGCGAGUCAUUUCAUUAGUCGUUAAUUUUAGGAACCGUCAGCGUGGUCCGUGGUCAUCAACGUUGCCAAUGACAAUAAAACAGUUUGGUCUAAACCCAAACCUUAGAGAUAAACCAAGACAUUUUAAUCAGAAACUUUUCUAUAAAAUCUAUUUUUACAGAAUCUUUAAUUAAAUCUGUUGCGGCCUGCCCGUUUAAUUAAAGCCGUCGGAAUGCCUCGAAAUGACACUCUUACGCGGCGCGCAAAGGUAUCUCAACGCGAUCCUCGGGUAUGUUUCGCGAUUAAAUGCUUAUCGAUACGAAAUACGAGAUCGUCCUCGGGUAAACUAUCGCGCUACUUUCUCUCUAUAACAUAGUGUACAUUCGUUUGCCAUAAGUGUCUUGACAUUUCUCGUAUAUACGCAAGAUAUUGUGUAUAUACUUCUUACUCGAAUCUAUUAUAUAUACUAGAGAUAAGUAUCGGACACGCGAGCCGAUGUGAAGGAAAAUAGCAAGCGGAACGAUUUUAGCGUUUAGCACCCAGUCUUGCGCAUGGAGACGCUCUUUAAUUCUUCAGUAUAGAUUUCGCAAAUUCGAUGAUACAAAAAUAAUUCGAGCUAUUUUCGCUACGUCCAUCUCGCACAUCCGUUGCAUGUUUAAUAUAGUUAUAUACAUAACCCGAUUAAACGUUAUAAUAUCGUUUGAUGAAUCGUUUUUAGCAGUUAUUCGUAUAAUUGGAGAGAGAGAGAGAGAGAAUAAGAGAGAACGGACUAUUUUCUACUCACGUUUAUUGGUCGUCCGAUGGCCGGAAGCGAGAACGUCGGUCCUCCUUCGGGCGAACGGGAACCGAUGACUUUUUACGUAUUUUUGUUUCGUAAAUAUACGAUCGUUAUUUUUACAGUUACGCGUAUACUCGCUCGCAGCGUCACGGCGGGAAAAACGUCCGUCGUCGUGAAAAAAGAUCCUUUCCUGCCCGUCAGAGCAGCGUGUGCUUUCGACAGCUAGCCAACGUACGCGAAGCAAAUAAUUGUGAUUUUACUAUUUAUAUAUUUUAUCAAGAUCAACACGAAUACAUAUGUAUAGAACAACGCGAAAGUGCUUAAUUAAUUAUUCGCGUCCGUACUCGCAUACCCCUUUGUUUCCGUUUCCCGUGGAAAUGGAAGCAUUUGUCCUUCAUGUCUUCGUUUAAUCCUCCGAUCGUGAUUAAAUGUUCGAGGCAAUUUCGUACUUUUGUACACCGAUAAACCGUGCAUUCGCAUUUCGGUUAAGUUUUAAGCGUACUCAUGGCGCACACUAUCAAAACAGGCAAAUGAAAAUAACAGCUCUGAUUGAAAAGGAUUGAGCGAAUGUCAUCGAAAAAACGUGACGCGCGCAAAAAAGUGUAACUUUUUGAUUUUCCUCUUUGCCGCGGGCUGUAUGCGCCGCCAAAAUUUGUAACUCGCUCGCAAUCUACAUCACCCGCGUCCGUAUCGGAGUACAAACAUUUCAUCAGUUCGUCUAAAACGACGAAAAAAAGGGUAACAAAGACUAAUAGCGUCAUCCUCUCGCGCUUUAAUCGUCACGUGUUAAUCGGCCAUCGAUUGCAACGACCAUUUAUACGCGCGAAACAUUUAUAGUAUCGCGUUUAAAUUAUUACCGUUUAACGAGUCGCGUGUAAUUCUCGCUGAGCACGUAUGUGAUCAUUAACAAUGAGCUUUGACGUACCGUACUGCGUAUUGUGAAAGUGGAAACAAAAGCGAAAUACUUCGCCACUUUUGUCCUCGUAAUAAUAUAUUAUGCUGUUUGUCUUUGCCACAAUAUAAGCGAUUACCAGCUGUGUAAUUCCACGUGUCUUAACAGGCGAGUGCGAUUCCGUAAACAUUGCGUAAAGACAUGUAUGCAAAUUUGUUAUGUAGCUACAGUGCUUAUUUUCUCCAAGCUCCAUUUUUAUACAUUUGGUUCUCCAAUGUUGCCCGAAAAAAUAGAGAAAACAAUAUGAAAAAAUAAUAUAACAAUUAACACAUUAAAUAAAGUUUAAUUAUUUUUACUA